GGCAGACAGACAGAGCAGAGUGCAGAGAAGUUUGGACUUUAAAGUGCAAGUCAGCGGUGCAGUUUGCUCAUUCACACCAGUUUCAUCAUCACUAACGAUCCCUAAACAACUAGGAAAAUUAUCCAGAUUUUGACUCUUUUUUUGGGCUCUAGGUGCGUUGACGCGUACAUCGACCUGUUGGUUCAAUUCAAUUCUUUGGAUAAACUCGCGCAAACUUUUGCAAAACGCCGCGAAGAAGGCAAUUUAGAGAAGGGAGUGUGGAGAGAGCAGCCUCGGUGAGAGGCUGAUGUGACCCUGCGUAAACUCCAACGUCCAUCUCUCUCUCUCUCUCUCUCUCUCUCUCUCUCUCUCUCUCUCUCUCUCUCUCUCUCUUCUCUCAAACACACGUGAAACAGCAGCAGCGUGUCCGUGUCCAGGGCUCGAGCCAGCAUGACUCUGUCCGGCGGUUUGUCGGAUACUUGUCAGCUCAUUUUACGCGACCGCAUGGAGCCGGAGAUGUGGAAGUAGGCUACUUCAUCCAUGCUUUCUGGGGAAUAGUUGCUGCAACACGUCGGGAAGUGAAAACAAGCUACCGUGCACACUUUGGAGAGAGCUACGAUGCGGGGCACUUUGGGCGCAUUCAUUCAGUCCUGUGCGCUGCUGCUGGUCCGAGCAGACCAGUGGAGGCUGAAGGACUCCGCCAAUUGCGAGCUGAACAAGAAACAAACUGACUUAAAUUCCUUCCUGUGGACGAUCAAACGGGACCCUCCCUCAUAUUUCUAUGGUACAAUCCACGUUCCCUACACGCGCGUUUGGGACUUCAUCCCCGAAAACUCCAAGCAGGCCUUCCAGGAGAGCAACAUCGUCUACUUUGAGCUGGACCUGACGGACCCUUACACCAUCUCAGCCCUGACCAGCUGCCAGCUGCUCCCUCAGGGCGAGAACCUGCAGGAUGUCCUGCCCAGAGACAUCUAUCGGAGACUUAAAAGACACCUUGAGUAUGUAAAACUCAUGAUGCCUUCAUGGAUGACCCCAGAUCAGAGAGGGAAGGGACUCUAUGCAGACUACCUCUUCAACGCCAUUGCUGGGAACUGGGAGAGGAAGCGUCCCGUUUGGGUGAUGCUGAUGGUGAAUUCGUUAACCGAGGCAGAUAUUAAAACACGAGGGGUGCCGGUGCUGGACUUGUACCUGGCCCAGGAGGCCGAGAGGAUGAGGAAGAGGACGGGGGCUGUCGAGAAGGUGGAGGAGCAGUGCCAUCCACUCAACGGGCUCAACUUCUCCCAGGUGAUCUUUGCCCUGAACCAGACGCUAUUACAGCAGGAGUCUUUAAGGGCAGGGAGCCUACAGGUCCCGUACACCACCGAAGACCUCAUCAGACACUACAACUGUGGAGAUCUCAACUCCAUCAUCUUCAAUCAUGACACCUCACAGGUCCCUAACUUCAAUAAUGUGACACUGCCACCCAGCGAGCAGGAGACCGCCCAGGAAAUAGACAGCUACUUUCGACAGGAACUCAUCUACAAGAGGAACGAGAGGAUGGGGAAGAGGGUCAAGGCACUGCUAGAGGAACACCCUGACAAGAGCUUCUUCUUCGCCUUUGGAGCAGGUCACUUUCUCGGCAACAGUACAGUCAUUGAUGUCCUUCGUCGCCAGGGAUACGAGGUGGAGCACACCCCUGCUGGGCAGCCGGUAAACAGGAGAUCAUCAUCCAGACCUGACUCGCCAGGGUCAGGAGACCAUGAUGAGUCCCCUCUUUUGGAGCCUUUCCUCCACGAGCUCCCCCACAAAGAGGACGAUCAGGGGCAUCCCCUGGAGGACGAUCUGUUACCCCACAUGCUUCUGCCACCGGAACUGCUGGAGAAAGCAGAGAGGAAAAUGCUGAAGAAAAAGAGGAGGAACAAGCCGAAGAAACAGCGGCACCGGCAUUUUAAUGACCUGUGGGUUCGCAUCGAGGAGAGCACUAUGGUCCAGUCUCCACCUCCCCCACUGGUUCGCAUCAUCAAUGGUUACAUCACAGUGCAGCCACCUGACAGAGUUCACAGCCACUUCAACUACCAACCCACAUCUUCGGCGUCGACCACCUCCCUGUCCUUACCAUCUAUUCAUGUUUUCCUCUGCACAUUGCUUACAGUGAUCCCACAGACCUGGACUGCAUUCCUCUAGUGGAGCAUUAGUUGGAACUCUAUAAAAACAGUCAGCCUUCAUGUGUAUAAACUCUCACAUGUGUUGGUUUCAUGUAUCAGAUCAUGUAAAGCGAGGUCUGAUCAUGUAUCAUAAGACCUAGAGGAGGCCACAAAAGUGUGGUGACUCUCAGAGACCGUUCACGAAAAAAAAGCAUGGAGAAAGGAUGUGAAAUCAGCUCUAGCUGUCGGGUAACAGUACACUCCAUGGAUGUUAAGUUAGAUAAAGUUUGUGUUGAAUGGUAAAUAAUGUCAAUAGAGCAUGUCUCUUACAAAUUGAGGCCUUGAUGAGCAUGUAAGUUUAUAUAAUGUUAGGUUUCUUGGAACAUAAAGGUUUCAUAAGGUUUCAGUUAUUUUACACACACACACACACACACACACACACACACACACACAGCAGGAGCGGGUACACAGAACGCAUCUGAAAGACAAAGCGAAAGCUCACAAACAGGAUGUGUUAUCGGACAUCUCUCUGACAUUACACAACAUGUCAGUUCCCUUAGUGUUACAAUAGAUACUCAACAUUCAAACCUCUGAGAAUAUGAGAUCUUACUGAAGUGACUGUUCAGUGAAUGAACACGAGAACAUGGCUGAAACUAUUGCUUAAUAUCAAAUACCUUCAAUAAGUACAACUAGAACCAUAUGUCCUUUGUAUGCGUGUGUGUGUGUGUGUGUGUGUGUGUGUGUGUGUGUGUGUGUGUGUGUGCGCGCGCGCGCGCGUGUGCAUGCGUGUGUGCGUGUGUGAGAGAGAGACAAACAAAGUCUAUCAGCUCUUAAACCCACCUGGCCUUACAAACUCUUCAGAUUGUAAAUUAUUCUUCCAUUUUAGAAGAAUUUGUUUAAUGUUGCAUAAAUGCAGGAGGGGGGGGGGGGGUUGUACAUAUUGUUUCUAAAUAUUAUAGAUGUAUUUUAGAAUUAUAAAAAAUUUAAAAUUAUGAAAAGUUUUGUUGUUGUUUAUAUAAAUAUAUAAAUAGAUAUGCAGUAUAUUUUUGAAAAGAAAAUCAGGAACUAACCACCAUAGCCCGUGUUAUGUGUCUCACUGAAAUGACAUUUUUGGAAGGGACAUAUGAUUGUAUUGUACUUGAUGUAUAUCAGUGUUAUCACUUGCUUUGCUGUAUGUGUCUGCUGAAAGGAUUCUCCUUACGCAUGUAUUUUUUUUCACAUAGAGAUCAUUUGUUUAAUUUAUUUAACUUUUAUAUUUUUGCUGUAGGCCAUAUGAAACGUUUUUUCUCAUAUUUUUGCCGUCACUAUGAUUUCCAAAUGUGUUAUUUCAAAUGUGUUCAAGUAUGAUUUCAAAUGCAUAUGAUGGUCAUAAUAAUUCAGUUUUAAUACAUAAGGCUGUAUACACAGAUAGGCCACAGUGCUUUAGGUCUUUCACAUUUCACUUAUGGUAUGAGAUGAUUGUAAUAGUAUUAUCAUGACAACAAUAAAAUAUUUAUCUAGAUUAAAA